AUGACAUCCUCCAGCUCCGACGCCACACAGGCAGCAGCAGCAGCAGCGACUCUGGCGGCCGCUUUAGAAGAGCAGGAACAUGAGGAGCAGGAGCCUCCACCCGCGGAUGGUCUCGAGCCUAAUCAUGUUCAGCUCAUUCGUAAUACAGCGCUGGGAGUUAUACGUAAUGGAGCACAGUUCGCUGAAUGGUUACAAACUAAACGCCGUGGAGAUAAGCAGUAUACCUUCCUUUUCAAAGGGCUUGGCCACGACUACUACCAGUGGUGCUUAUCGAACCCUGAGGAGUGUAAACGACUGGAGGACGCAGCACAGGAGCAACAGGCUGAUGACGCUGAGUCGGAUUCUGAUGCUAGCAGUCUCGCGAGGAUCGUAGCCGGCGUCGUCGUCCGCGGAGUCGAUCUCGUCGUAGUAGGCGGUCGGGCAGCAGCAGCAGACGGAGGUAUCACUCGAGGCCUCGCAGGAGGAGGUCUCCCCCACCAUCGUCGUGGCGAAGACGUGAUGACGUUGAAUCUAGUCGCUAUAGGAGGUCUAGAUCUCACUGUGUUCUUAGCAGCUCUCGCCUUCUUAUCCUCAUUGAAUGUUUAA